AUGUCUCUUUUGAACCCCUUCAGCUCCUCCUCCAAUGGCUCCGAUAUGUCCUCGUCACAAAUAAAGAGUGCCAUAGUACAGCAGCUUCAAAGCGAAAGUGCCAUGAACAAUGCGAAGAUGCUCAUGGAGAAACUCAACUCGAACUGCUUCGAGAAGUGCAUUCCUACACCCGGAUCGAGCCUGAGUUCGAACGAACAGACCUGCCUCAAGACCUGUAUGGAGAAGUACAUCGCUCUAUGGAACACUGUGAGCCAAACGUACGUUGCUCGGCUGAAGACAGAGGGCGCGAAGUUUCCUGUGAAUACAAACCUGUAG